UGACGUCACGCGAGUAUGGCGGCACACAGGGCUAAUGAUAAAUAUUCACUUUUAAGCAAACAAAGAGUUUAGAGUACGUUGGCUGAUAAAAAAAAUAUGUAAAACACGAUAAAUGAUCUUCUCCGUUAGUAGCUGUACAAUUGCAAAACAACUGCUAGCUAGCAUUGCCGUUGUGUUUCUUUAUAAUCUUCCGAGCAUCGGACAACACAACGCUGGAUUGCAGAGACAGGGAAAUCAAGAUGUAUACAUGCGAGAUGAAAUUUAGGCUAUUAAAUCUCAUCACCAUAAACACGUUUCCAGACAAGCAGGAAUAACUUCAGAACUUAUUCUUAUCAACUGAAAUCUGCGCGACACAUUAUUGUACAGAUGGAGUUUAUUAAAGAAGAGAGAGUGGACAUGAGUGAUCCAAACCCUUGCAGAGUGAAAAAUGAAGAAACUGAGCAACAAAUAGACCUGAUGAAAAUGAAAGAUGAAAGUCAUGAACUGACAUUGAAGGAGGAGAAACUUCAGUAUGAGGAACCUCAUUUCAAAACAGAAGAAGAACCUUUUAGUUGCUCAGAGACGGAAAAUGUCUCACAAAAAAGACGUAGAAGAACCGGAGACCAAGUUUUUUUCACCUGCCUUCAGUGUAAAGAGAGUUUCACGUCUAAAGAACAACUUAUGGGACAUUUUAGAGUUCACUCUGGAGAGAAGCCUUUCCCAUGCGAUCAGUGUGGAAAGAGUUUCAGUCAUAAAGCAACCCUUAAGAAACACAUGAGAGUUCACACUGGAGAGAAGCCUUUCCAAUGCGAACAGUGCGGAAAGAGAUUCAUUUAUAGAGCAAAGCUUAAGAUUCACAUGAGAGUUCACACUGGAAAGAGGCCUUACAAAUGUGAUCAGUGUGGAAAGAGUUACAUACAUAAAGACAACCUUAUUGAGCACAUUCGACUUCACACUGGAGAGAAGCCUUUCACAUGCCCUCAGUGUGGAAAGAGUUUCACAAUUAGAGGAAGCCUUCAGAAGCACAUAAGAAUUCACACUGGAAAGAAGCCUUUCAUGUGCCUUCAAUGUGGGAAGGAUUUCAUACAUAAGGGAAACCUUGAGGUUCACACAAGAAUUCACACUGGAGAGAAGCCUUACACAUGCCCUCAGUGUGGGAAGAGUUUCACAUAUCGAGCAAACCUUGUAAGUCAUAUGAAGAUGCAUUCAGGAGAGAAAAUACACCAUUGUUCUAAGUGUGGCAAGAGUUUCACUGAGGGAAGUCUCCAAACACAACUGAAAAGGCAUGAAAAUGAGAGGCCACACAUGUGUUCUUAUUGUGGCAACUUAUUGUAGCACCAGAAAAUACUGUACAUGCAGUGAGAAACCUCAUGUGUGCUUUGAGUGUGGGAAAGCCUUUACUAGAGUCACAUACUUGAAAAGGAACUAAAUAAUUCAUACAGGAGAAAAACCUUACAAGUGCUCACAUUGUGGAAUGAGUUUUACACACACAUGAGAGAGUGCAUACUGUAGAGAAGCCGUUCAUGUGGAAUAUCCUUGUCCAUAUCCUUAAAGAGCACCUGUCAUGGUUUUUCAAAUAUUACCUUUCAUGUAGUGUGUUAUAUAGCUGUUUGUGAAUGUAAAAAAAGUCGGCAAAGUGCACGACAAAUGAAGUUAUUGGCUCCCAAAAGAAAGAACUGAUUCUGAACACCUGAAACAAGUUGUUAGUAAUUCCAGACUUACUUCCUGUACUAACCUACUUAAUUUGGUAACAAAACACCCACCUCUGGUCUUCAUUGGCUGCUCGCAAACAGCUUUGACCCGCCCUCAAACACUACACUAAGCGAUAGACCAAUUACAACAGACUGAGACAUCUGACCAAUCAGAGCAGAGUAGGCUCUCUGAAAGGAGGAGUUUAGAAUGAAUCCUUUAGAACGGAUCAUUGAACGAGUCAUUUUUGACACUGGGAAAAAGUAAUGCUGCAAUUUAAAUUAUGAACAAAUUAAAGUGUUUUUUGACCUUGGAUGCAUGUAAAUCUGUUGUAUGAGACCUUUAAAACAAAAUUAGGCACAUUUAAAAACUCUUUAACUAUUGAAUUAAAUUAAUCAGUGCUGUUGAAAGGUGAUGCAUGCAUCUCAGUUGCAAUGAGAUCAAGAGGCAAAAAAAGAAGAGUGCUAUGGUGUUGAAAGCUUAGAGUUAAUCCAUCUAAAAAUAAAAGUUCUGUCUUUAUUUACCUUCAUUUUGUUCCAAACCCAUAACUUUCAGACCAAAUUUUGUUGAAUUUCCAGAGUUCUCUUUUUAUUAAGGGGGCUGGCUCCAAAAGUGACCCAAAAAGCAACAUAAAGGUAAUCCAUAUUCUGUGCUAUUCCAAGUGAUCUGAUUGUGUGAGAAAAAGAUGGAAAUUUAAGUCAUUAUUUGUUGGAAAUCUUCCAUUCUACUGAAGCUCUCAAAUCUCUCUUGAGUGGUCAAAUUCAAUUAGAAUAUGUGGCACAUCAGACACCACGUUUGAAUGAUGUCAAACGUCAUUGGUUCAUUCAUAACACAAAACCUGGCAUGAAAUGUCUGAUGUAACAUAUUUGAAUUGAAUGGGAGUGCAAAUAAAUGAUGACAGAAUCUUUAUUUUGGGGCGAAUUUUUCCUUUAACUAGAGAAUUUAUCUGUUAAAAUGUUUUGUUUUUUUCUUCAAUUCCUACUGUGUAGUUUGAUUGCAAUCAAACUCAGGAGUGUGUGAGUUUAUGGGUUAAUGGGGUACAUUAAUAAUGUCAUUUAUUUAUCUCAAAACCACAAAUGUGUGGUAACUGUAAUAUUAAUAAACAUAUACACCAUGAAAUGACCAGAAAUAAAAAAGAAGUCAAAACUUA